AUGACUUGUCUUUGCAGUGUAAUGGAUUAUCAGGCAGUCGAAUAUAAAAAUCAAGUUGAAAACAUUCGUAUUCGAUAUAUUCAAAAUAUUCCCUACUUAUUUUUACAAGAUGUUCGCUCAUAUUUUCCUGUCGUAGCAACGCUCCGACUAAAUAAGGCUCAAAUUCCGUUUGUUGUUGAUACUAAUAGCGAUGAAUUAUUGUUACCAUUGAGAAUACGAGCGUAUCCUAGCGAGUUACUUACAGGUUGCGAUUUAAUUCAAACAAUAAGCACAAAUAUUGACGAAAUAGCAGAAGAAGAAGCAGAAGAACAACAAGAUAAUGCUGACAGUAGGAUAAUCAAUGAUAAACUCGAAACAUAUCUUACACAAAUGCACGCAAAGGCUAAAUUAACCAUUUCUCAACUAACAGGAAUUGAACAAAUCAAAUAUUUAACGAAUGUAGGAUGUUUCGUCUUUUGUAUGUGUCGAACGGCGGAAAUCGUUCAACACAUAUAGAUUUUUGUAUUAUCACACUUUAAAAAAAAUGCGCCUUAGGAUCAAAUUAAGUGGCCGUGCCAAAACAAAUCAAUGAAUUUUCUGUUCAUUGCGUCUGUGUUACGUCUGUAUUUUUGUGACACAAGAACACAAUUAUGUAGCAAAGCAACGUUUGAGUGUCUGAAUAAUUCGAUUUUAAUCUGAACUGUAAAUGUUUUUCACAAUUGUAUAAUGUUCUUACCGUUUUUAACGUUCACUAUUACGUUUCACUUUAUUAUUCUGUUAUGUUUUGUUGCAUACGUAGCUUAACUUGCAAAAACGUUUUUCUUUUGACCGCUUUUUAUGAACUACGUCUUAAUAUAUUUUGCUGAUUGAAAGUCGUUUCGAUUUAGUUUAACAUAAGGCGAAGUUAGAAUUGCUUUGAUCUAGAGUAAUUCAAUGAAAUCCGUUUGUUCAAUUCUCCCUUUUUGGGCUUUGACUUGUUCUAAAGGAAAGACGAUUUUAUAAAUACACCUUCUCUGUUAUCCGAUUUAAUGCCAAUUCCCUAGUGCAACUUCUUGACUCAAGAUCUUGAAGAGAAAACGUAAGAAGUUAAAGAAAUGUCAAGAAUCUAAGAUCUUGAACUUCUUGUAGCGAGAUCUUGAAAAUUCUUGAAUCAUCAUUUUGUUUUACACUCUUGUGUAAUCAAGCAAUAAGUUCGAACGACUGAAGAACGUCAUGAAACUUUUCAGUAAUCGACAAAAACAAUAGUUAUUUUUGUCAUGAGUGUAACUAUUAACGUAUCUACAUGAAUAGCGAUCAAACUGUUUAUCUGCAAUCUUUUUGUCAGAACAUUUUCUCAGCUAAUGAGCGAGACGGUCGUGUUUCAGCGUUCUUACGCUAUACUCCACUUCAUUCAUAAUCUGUGAAUGUUCGAAACGUUUUGUUCAGUCAUCUAAUGAUGACGAAGCAGCUGUGUUAGCGAAAACGAAAACAAUUUUUGAAUAAAAUUUCAUCCAUUUGUUGACCCUUGAAACAAAAGAUCUUGUAUUAGCAAUUGUCGACCUAGAUAGUUUCAAACUUCAAGUUUUGUUUGUUUCUAGUUCUCACAAUAACCUAUACUAGGUGAAAUAAUCCACUUUUGAUUAUUUUCAUCAAAAAUUAAAAAACUCAUAACUCAUUCAUCCCACCUUCUUCAGAAUGUCAAGUUAUAGUGCAGCUCAGUCAAGUAAAGCUCAGUAAGUGUUGUAAAACCCAACAGAAAAUACUUUGGUUUUUAAAAGGUUUUCGCAGAAAUCUUUGGAACGACGAGAAUAUUUUUUAUUGAUUUUAAAACAGAAUGAGAAUGAGCGAAUAAAAUAGAGUAUAUCUUGACAAUCUCAAGUAGGCUGGAUGGAUUUUGACUAAGUUAUGAAUUUUUUAGUUUUUGAUGAAAAUAAUCAAAAAUGGGUUCUUUCACCUAGUAUAGGUUUUCACUCGAUUCUUGCAUUUUGUUCUGAAAACUAACAUUGCCACGAGAUUCAGCAUAGUCGAUAACCUAUGUUUUCAGUCAUUUCUCACAGUCACAAAUCUAACGUCAGAGCGGUGUUAAGGCUUCAGGAAACGUCCGUAGCUCCCGAAUCAUGGAUUUUCAAGAUGUCGCUUAGAUGUACUUUUGUAGAGGACAGUUCUUACUAUAGACUUUUCGUAAAUUUGAUAUAGUUCGACUAAAAAACAUCGUAGAGAGCUCGGGAACAUCUCAUUUUGUAGAGAAUUGUUUGCCCUAUCAUUCUAUGUACGUUGAACAAAAUAUUAUUCACAGAUUCUAGGUGCUGGAAAACUACAGUGGUUACAAAAACUGAUCAACUGGGUGUAUUUUCGAUUUUUUUCCACAGCCGUAAACGCUAAGAAGAAUUUAAAUAGUGACCUGAGUAUGGAAAAUUGUUUCCAACAACGAUUUGAGAAACUAAAAAUCAUCGCUAGAUUCUCAAUAAUAAAGUUUUCUAGAAAACCAAAACCCUAGUUUUGGAGCACCCAGAACCCGCGAAUAAAACUUUGUUCAAAGUGCGUAGAAUGAUAGAGCAAACAAAUCUCUACAAAAUGAGAUGUCCCCGAGCCUCUACGAUGUUUUUUAGUCGAACUAUAUAUGGUUGUUUUUUGUUUUUUGCUUUAAUUGAAAAUGAGUAGAAAUCAAAUUUACGAAAAGCCCAAAAUAGGACUUUUUCAAGUCGUUGGGGGGGGGGGGGGGGGGGGGGGGGGGGGGGGGGGGGGGGGGGGGGGGGGGGGGGGGGGGGGGGGGGGGUGGGUGGGGGUGGGUGGGG